UUACAGGCAUGGCAUUUUGGAUCUGUUCUCUCCAGUGCGCGUACCCAUGCGCAUGCGUCCUUGCGUUGAGUGAAAAGGGAACGCGCUGUAACGGAGAUAAUUAGAAAAGCGUUCCAGUGAACCGCUAUACGUUCCUACCAUAGACUGUUAAUAUUAAUACAGUCUAUGGUUCCUACAGACUUCAGGGCACUCAGACCAACUGUAAACGCCCCUGUGGUUAGCGUGUACGUUUCUUGUUUCCGCCAGCUUCUUGUUUCCGCCACAUUGUUUCGAGGGAUGAACUUUGACGCUCACAUCGCACCAGUGCUUCCACCCGGGUGUGUGUGCUACAGGCAGACGCAUAUUUCGCGUUUUCCCACGCAGUGUGUGUCACCAAGAGCAACGUGAACUUGGUUGCAACAUCAUUGUACAGUACAACAGGCUUGUUCCACGGAUUAGAGCUCCUCUGUCGGGCAGCGCUGCUGAACCUUCUCUGGAUGUUGGCAGGCAGGCAGGCUUACGCAUUAAUAACACUGGGUUUUGACGUCUUCUCAGUGUACUGGAGCGGAGGGAGAAAACCCGACUCAUUACAUAUGUACCACUGAGGACAUACUAAUUGGAAAUGAAAGAGGGAAAAGGAUGACCUCAUGCACUGUACAGACAUGAUAGGUCAAUGGAGCAUGUGAAGAUGUCCCAGAAGGCAUUUAAAAGUAAGCUCUUUUUUGCAUGGUGGCUUCUCCUAAUUCUCCUCUUCUUCAUCUCUUUUGUCAUAUACUACGCCACCUAUGUCAUACUUCAGAGCUACAGAAGCAGCAGCAAGUGUCCGGACAGUAGCAAGCCGCUGUGUGGUGACGGGCUAACCAGUAAGAAGUGGGAGAGCCUUAACUUUAACAUUAGCAGAAAGAUGCAGCUCUUUCUGAAAAUGGAAGAUUUCUUCUGGCGGGAGCAUCUGUCAAAUCUGGCAUUACCUUAUGGAAUUAAAAGCAGUGAGCCGCUGCUAGUGAAAGUUCUUGCUGUAAUUGGAAAUGAUGAGUUGCCUGCCAAAAUUGAAAACCCUGAAUGCAGAACCUGUGUUGUCAUAGGCAAUGGCUUUGCUAUUAAAAACAGCUCCUUGGGAAGCACCAUCAACAAAUAUGACGUGGUCUUUCGGUUGAACGAUGCCCCAGUGAGAGGCUAUGAGGAGGACGUAGGGAACAAGACCACCAUGAGGUUCUUCUAUCCCGAGUCGGCCUCUUACAACCCUAGAUUGCACAACGAGCCCGGCACGCUUAUGGUCCUGGUGCCUUUCAAGCCGCAAGAUCUCCGCUGGCUCAAAGAGAUCCUCUAUAAUGAGAAGAGGGUCAGGAAAGGCUUUUGGAAGCCCCCUCCCCAAAUCUGGUUGGGUGACACCAGUAAAAUCAGAGUGCUGGACCCCCAUUUUCUGCACAAGACUGCAGACAAACUGCUCCGGAUCCCGCUGCAACCCAAAAGUAAACAGCCAGUGCAUCCUACCACGGGUAUCCUCGCUGUGUUUGUUGCUCUCAACUACUGUGAUGUGGUCCACAUUGCUGGUUUUGGAUACCCCAACACAAGGAGCCUAAAGCACCCUAUCCAUUACUACGGAUAUGACACCAUGAAGUCUAUGAAGAAUUCUUACCAUGACCUCAAUCAUGAAGCUGAAGCCUUAAAAAGACUGGAGGAUUCGAAAGCCAUUUUGAACCUGCACCAACAAUGAUGAUACACCCACUUUUCCACUUUGAUUUAAUCCAAAAAGAAAUGAUUGCACACCAAAUAGCAUUUGAAUGUGGUUCAGGUCAUCCCAUCCAAAUGAAAUCUUAAUGUGCCUUCUGCAGUGGGAUGCAAGACAUUAUGCUGGUGCAUUAAGGCAUUAUUUGGUGACACGAGUGUCACAGAUCUAGCUCUGAAGAAUGUUAAUCUUCCUGGCGCCUAAUAUUCUGUCAAACUCCAAAACAUGAAACGUGAUUUACCUGCUUUUUAAACAACUUUCCUUCAAUUUGUCCAGUAGAAUAAACGUUGGUAACAUGGCUCACAGUUUUUUAAGUUUUGUAACUUUAAAGGUUUUGAAUCACAACUUUCAUAGUUAGUUUGCAGGACAUUAACUAUUCAUGUGGCGACCCAGUUGUCGUUUUGUGAUAAGCAAAUUAUCACAUUAUAUCUGGACUUUGCAUAAUUCCAAUGCUUUAAUGUUGUUUUUAUGGCCAUUUGAUAGCAUGGGUUCAUUUUCAGUAUUAUCAAAUCAGAAUCUGUUUUACAGUAAAGAGGUGUGUAAUAAUCUAUAGAGAUUUUUUGUGAGAUUUAACUUUCAAUGUACAUUUUAGUUUCAAUGAAAGGAAAAUGAAUUGAUCACAAUCCUGAUUUACACAGUUUUAGAUUCACUUUACUUUUAGAUCUCUUGGACUGGAAAUACAACUUGUAUUUUGCCAAUUUCUUAGAGUGUUUGAUUACAGUCUGUUUUUUUAUUUUUAUUUAUUUAAUCCUUUUUUUGGGUGGGGGGCUAUUUUUUUUUAGAAACAAUACCAAUAAAUGGUGCCACUGGA